UCAAUUUGUAAUAUAUCAGCCUGGUGGCAAACGUGACUUAUUUAUCUAAAUGUUGUACGCAGUGUCGUAUGUAUCAAUGCCAUUUAUUCUGAAUUUUGUUACUAUCAGGAAUAAACUAUCCAACAACAUCCAAUGAAAUUCUGACAUCACAGAUAAUACAAUCCAACCUUACUCCAGGAAUCUGAAUAUGCAGACACUUGUCCUUUUCAUAUCAAUGAUGAUGACUUUGUCUUAUGGAUAUCAGAUCAUCUCUCAGAAAAAGGAGACCGAGCAGGCUACGAAACUACGCGGCUGCGCAGGAGCUGGAACAUGUUAUCUAUACCAAUCCAGUAAUGCUGUAGAUGGAGAUAUUAACACGUGUACAAGGACAAAAGAAAUAGGGUUUACUUCUCCAGAUAAACGGACAUGGUGGUAUGUUGACCUUCAGAACGUACUCAGAAUCUACAGCAUCAGAAUACAGUUCAAAGACUAUGGAGAACAAUAUGUCAUGAGACAAAGAGGACGUUUUGUUGGUUUUUCGCUCUAUGUGUCGAACACAACUAUAAAGGAGGAUAGGGAUCUCUGUUACAAGAACGGACCGGAGUUACCGACCUUGGAUUUCAACACAACUUGUGUCAAACAUGGACGUUACGUUAUAUUUUACAAUGAACGACUUGACGGAACAACUUAUCCUACCGAAUAUCAAACAGCUUCAGUUCACACAGAAUUAUGUGAAGUAACAGUAACAGGGUGUAAAGAAUCCGGUGUGUAUGGAUAUAACUGUGAUGUACCCUGCCCAAACAACUGUCAGGAAAUGAGAUGUGACAUUGUCAAUGGAACGUGUUUUGGUUGUACUGCAGGAUGGGUGGGAGAAUUUUGUAAUAUAUCAUGUCCAGCUGGAUAUUACGGCCUACAGUGUAGAUCUACGUGUACUGGACACUGCAGAGACAACCUGUCCUGUAACCACACCACUGGACAAUGUUACUAUGGCUGUGGUAAUGGAUGGACAGCAACACAUUGUAACACAGAGUGUUCUGCAGAAUCAUACGGUCCAGAUUGUGUGUAUAACUGUAGUGGGCAGUGCCUGAGUUACCUCCCAUGUAACAGGACAACAGGGAUAUGUGACGAUGGGUGUAAUCCAGGAUAUACCGGAGAACUCUGUGACAAAGGUGAUACAAGACAUGAAGAGAAGGAAAUGCGUGGAUUCGGAAACCCAGGCUUAGAAUUAGAAACUGAGGGGGAAGUGCUAACGACGAAUACUAAAAUAGACAUAUCCGUCGAGGAUUUUGAUAAAGCAAUAGUUGUUUUGUCUGAAAAUCAGAAUGCCAAGUUUAAAGAAGAAUACAUGAAUAUUCCUAGAGGAGAACUACACCCGUGUGAUGAAGGAAAGAAACAGGAAAAUGCCGCCAAAAACCGAUCCACCACGAUUUUACCGUAUGACCAUUCACGUGUUGCUCUGGAAAAAUCAACAAAAGAGUCAGACUACAUUAACGCGAAUUAUAUUAAGGAUGUGCAAGGAAAGAAAUCGUAUAUUGCAGCGCAAGGACCAAAAUCAAAGACAAUUGUUGAUUUCUGGAAAAUGGUCUGGCAGGAAGACAUUAGUGUAAUUGUUUGUCUGACCAAUCUCAAAGAGGGAAAUAAGAACAAAUGUGCCCAAUACUGGCCAAAUUCCAGUGACAAGAUAACGAAAGGCAACAUCAGCAUACGAAACCAGAAAGAAAACGUAUACGCGGACUACGUCAUCAGACACUUCCGCUUGCAAAACUGCGCCGAUAAAGCUGAGCGUGACGUGUGUAUGUUCCACUACACGCAGUGGCCAGACCACGGUGUCCCAGAACCGCUGGCUCUCGUGGUAUUCCAUCGACACGUUCUGAAAACUUCUGUCGAACAUCCAGGGAAGUACACUCUUGUCCACUGCAGGCGCGUAUUACUAUUUAUUCUUUCAUAUUUUUCAAUAGCAACAUAG